AUGGGUGAUUCGCAUUCCUCUCCCACCUUCAGCUCCUCCGGGUCCAACGUCGACUUCGGCGGGCUUUCAGACAGCGCAGCGUACACUUCACAAACUCCCAAGGAUCUUGUGACAAAUGUACACACAGGAGUCAUUAGUCGAUUGUACGGGACGAAAGAGUCCAGCCAGUGCGUAUCACCGGCAUCUGCAAUGGCACAACAUAUAAUGACCCGGCCGGUGUCGUCGCGGAUACUUCUUGCCAUUUCCAGCCUCAACCACGAUAUCGAAAGAGGGCAUCGUGAACCCACCUCGGACACUCUUGCAUUGGUCGUCGAGGGCAUCGGCUUGCUUCAACAACAAAUUCGGAGGCCAGAUGCUAUGUCUGAAGACGCUAUUCUGACCGUGCUCAGCCUGUGGGCGUAUGAAGUGACCUUGUCCAUGGGUGUCCCCUCUGAGAAUCAGAGGUUUCCGAAGUCCUUGACUCACAACGUCCACACUCACCUGAACGGCCUCCAAAAAUCUAUUAAGUGUUGUGGCGGGAUACAGAAUCUCUCAUCGGAAACCAUGUGGCUGUUGGCUUGGUGUGUGAGUACGAUGCCAGGAUACUGGCCGAUUGAUAAUCGGACGAUGGAGCAAGUAUGCAACAAUACUCGACCAACACAACCCCAAGCCGAUGGCUAUUAUUUCUUGACGCGGCUUUUUGAUACACUCUCGAAAAUUCAACGGCAAAUGUCGUCACCCGAUACUUUAUCCAGCAUCCUGAACGAGGAAUCAUUUUCGUCACUGAGAAAGACAUUGCUUCGAUUGAACGUGGAGCGACAAACCCUCGCCGAGGAGACGACACCAAUGGGCAGAUUGCGCAAAUCUGUAGCACUGGCAGCAAGUUUGCUCUUCAUAUUUGACGUCCUCCUUGGGGGCACGGAUCGUGCUCACCAAGAAGCCCGGGGUCGGAGAAAAGACCUGCUCAGAGCCCAAAGACGGCUGACUGAUCAUCAUCUCGAAGAAGAAGGUUCGCUCGAGAAGGUGUGGUCAGUCCUUAUGACACAGCAAGAGGAGCCCCGGCUCCAGCUCCACCCGCGGGCAUGGUCGAUUGUGGAGAUGGUGAACGUGAUAAAACAUCUGCAUGUGCCCACGCUAGAUGCACUGUCACAACUGCUGCUGGGAUACUUGCUGCCUGAAACACGAAGCCAUUCCACAGCAGACUAUCGAUACGAGAGACUGCUUAUCCAGAUACAUAUUGAGCUGGACGGGUUGGCAGAUCUGAGCUGA